GAGGGUUCAGACAGCUUCACGCUUGCUCUGUGCCUCCAGGACACUUUCUAACAUGUCUACGAAGGCAGAGCAAUUUGGCUCUAAGAUUCGAUACUUGCAAGAGUAUCACAACCGUGUGCUUCACAAUAUUUACCCAGUGCCAUCGGGAACAGACAUUGCAAACACUCUGAAAUACUUUCCCCAGACGCUGCUCAGCAUCCUGUCCCGUACAGGCAGAAAGGAGAGCCAGGAAGCUUCCAAUUUGGCCGUGCCCAUGACCAUGUGUCUUUUUCCUGUGCCAUUCCCACUCACCCCAUCUCUAAGACCACAAGUCAGUUCCAUCAACCCUACAGUUACUCGAUCCCUCCUUUACAGCGUUCUGCGGGACGCCCCGGCCGACCGGGGUGGUGCCACCCAGCAGAGUCGGGAGGUUCAGAUCUCAGAUUACCCCUCACUGGACUAUCAGGGGCUCUAUGCCACCCUCGUCACCUUGCUUGACCUGGUGCCCCUGCUGCAGCACGGUCAGCACGAUCUGGGACAGGCCAUAUUUUACACCACAACAUGCCUUCUGCCUUUCCUUAGUGAUGAUAUUCUCAGCACUUUACCCUACACCAUGAUCUCCACUUUAGCCACCUUCCCUCCUUUCCUGCACAAAGACAUCAUAGAGUACCUGAGCACGUCCUUCCUGCCCAUGGCCAUAUUGGGUUCGACUCGAAGAGAGGGUGGCAUUCCAGCAUAUGUCAAUCUGUCUGCCUCGUCCAUGCUGAUGGUCACCAUGCAGUACACUUCAAAUCCAGUAUACCACUGUCAGCUUUUGGAGUGUCUCAUGAAAUACAAGCAGGAGGUGUGGAAGGAUCUUCUGUAUGUCAUAUCCUACGGCCCGUCCCAAGUCAAACCUCCAGCUGUUCAAAUGCUCUUCCAUUACUGGCCCAACCUGAAGCCUCCCGGUGCCAUCAGUGAGUACAGAGGCCUGCAGUACACAGCCUGGAACCCCAUUCACUGCCAACACCUCGAGUGUCACAACUCUAUUAAUAAGCCAGCGGUGAAGAUGUGCAUUGAUCCAACACUCUCGGUCACGCUGGGUGACAAACCUCCACCGUUAUACAUCUGUGAGGAGUGCAGCCAGAGGAUCGCUGGCGAUCAUGCUGAGUGGCUCGUUGAUGUGCUUUUACCACAAGCUGAAAUUUCUGCUAUAUGUCAGAAGAAGAACUGCAGCUCUCACGUCAGGCGUGCUGUCGUCACCUGCUUCUCAGCGGGAUGCUGCGGUCGCCACGGCAACCGGCCCGUGCGCUACUGCAAGCGUUGUCAUGUCAACCACCACAGCAGCGAGGUGGGGGCAUCAGCGGAGACGCAUCUGUACCAGACGUCUCCUCCGCCCAUCAACACGCGCGAGUGCGGCGCGGAGGAGCUGGUGUGCACCGUGGAGGCGGUCAUCAGUCUGCUGAAAGAGGCUGAGAUCCACGCGGAGCUGCGGGAGUUUGAGCUGAACCGCCGCCGUCAGAUGGGUCUGUCUUCAUCCCAUCAUUCCCUGGACAACAUGGAGUUUGACAACAAAGAGGACGACCAGCACGACCAGAGACUGCUCAGUCAGUUCGGCAUCUGGUUCCUGGUGAGUCUGUGCACGCCGAGCGAGAACACGCCGACAGAGAGUCUGGCGCGGCUGGUCAGCAUGGUGUUCCAGUGGUUCCACUCCACCGCCUACAUGAUGGACGACGAGGUGGGCAGCCUGGUGGAGAAGCUCAAGCCUCAGUUCGUCACCAAGUGGCUGAAGACGGUGUGUGACGUGCGCUUCGAUGUCAUGGUCAUGUGCCUUCUGCCCAAACCGGUGGAGUUCGCCAGGGUGGGCGGUUACUGGGAUAAGUCGUGCAGCAUGGUGACGCAGCUGAAGGAAGGACUGAACCGCAUCCUGUGUUUGAUCCCCUAUAACGUGAUCAGUCAGCCGCUGUGGGAGUGUUUCAUGCCCGAGUGGCUGGAGGCGAUUCGCAUUGAAGUUCCUGACCAUCAGCUCAAGGAGUUUCGUGAGGUCCUCAGUAAGAUGUUUGACAUUGAGUUGUGUCCACUGCCGUUCUCCAUGGAGGAGAUGUUUGGAUUCAUCAGCUGCAGAUUCAGUGGAUAUCCAGCAUCAGUGCAGGAGCAAGCGCUGCUGUGGCUUCACGUUCUGUCAGAGCUGGACAUCGUGGUUCCUCUGCAGCUGCUCAUCAGCAUGUUCUCUGAUGGUGUGAACUCACUGAAGGAACUGGCCAAUCAGAGAAGAGCUGGAGCCGCAGACCUGUCAGGAAACGCAGGAGUCCGCAGGGUGAGUGUGGUGUCUGACCCCGGCAGGAGAGGGCAGCACAAUAACCUGAGUCCGUUCCGCAGCCCCCUGCACUGCAGCCCCUUCAAGAACCUCGGCCACGCUGCCGGAAACUGUGCCCUGGACCUGGACUGCGAUGAUGACGACAUGAACCUGGGCUGCUUCAUCCUCAUGUUUGACCUGGUGCUUAAACAGAUGGAGCUGCAGGACGAGGCGCUGGGGCUGGAGAGCAGUCUGGGCCGGGAUGUGGUGGGCAUCAUCAACAGCGUGCUGCGGGCUCCGUGGGGCGGAUCACACACCUGUCAGAAGGACGAGAAGCCUCUGGAGUGCAGUCUGUGUCAGUCCAGUAUCCUGUGCUACCAGCUGGCCUGUGAUCUGCUGCAGAGACUGACGCCGCGCGAGGAGACACGACUGGUGGAACCAUCCGAGUGUCUGGAGGAGAGUUUGGUUUUCCCUCAAACUGAAUUCAGUCUCAAAUCAGAGAAUGGAGCCGAUAAAGCAGAUGCUCCGUCAGAAAACCCCGGCAGCCACAAUCCCUCUCCUGAGAUCCCGCCAUUAAAGAAUAGUGCAGACAGGAAGUUCUUGUACCUACAGCUUCCUGUUUCUCUCAAGCUUCUGUACACCGUUCUGCAGGAGAUGAGUAAGUUUGAGGAGCCAGACAUCCUCUUCAACAUGCUCAGCUGUCUGAAGAUCCUGUGUUUGCACGGAGAAUGCCUGUAUCACGCCAGGAAAGAUCAGCCUCAGUUCCUGGCCUACAUACAGGAGAAGAUGCUCAUUCCCAGCCUGUGGUCCAUGCUGAGGUCAGAGUUCUGUCAGCUGGCGUCUCUGGCUGUGCCGCAGCUCCUGCACGCGCUCGCUCUGUCCCACGGUGCAGAUAUCUUCUGGAGGCUGGUCGACAGCAGCUUCAACAGUCAGGACUGGAAGAUUCGCUUCGAAGCAGUGGAGCGUGUGGCUGUCCUGUGCCGCUUUCUGGACAUGGGCUCGGUCACUAAGAGCCACAUGCUGAAGUAUUCUCUGGCUCACGCUUUCUGCUGCUUCUUGGCCAGCAUCGAGGACGUGAACCCCGCCGUGGCCACCAGAGCGCGCCUGCUGCUGGACUCCAUCAAACGGCCCGCACUGCAGGGCCUGUGUCUGUGCCUGGACUUCCAGUUUGACACGGUGGUCAGGGACCGGCCCGUCAUCCUGAGCAAACUGCUGCUGCUGCACUCGCUCCGACAGGAGAUCCCCGCUCUGAGCUGGGAGUUCUUCGUCAACCGCUUCGAGACGCUGUCGCUCGAGGCCCAGCUGCACCUUGACUGCAACAAAGAGUUUCCGUUUCCUACCACGAUCACAGCGGUGAGGACUAAUGUGGCCAACCUGAGCGAUGCGGCCAUGUGGAAGAUCAGACGUGCUCGCUUCGCCCGCAACCGUCAGAAGAGCGUCCGCUCGCUACGAGAAAGCGUCAAGGGUUCGUCCGGGUCCAAGCGCACUUUCUCCCUCCCGGAGACACUGUGCAACAAACUGCCUCUCAGACUCAUAAGACAAGAGCAGUCGGCGCCCUCACUGGGAAACAUGUUCGAGAAAGUCCUGACAGGAGAGAGCUCUCCUCCAGAGGACGACUCCGUCAUUAAGGAUCUGCUGCCGGAGGACGCAGGCAUAGACCACCAGACCGUCCAUCAGCUCAUCAUGGUGCUCAUGAAGUUCAUGGCCAAAGACAAAAGCAGCGCAGAGGCAGACAUCGGCAGCGCCAAAGCCUUCAACACGGUCAAGCGGCAUCUCUACGUCCUGCUGGGAUACGAUCAGCAGAUGGGAUGCUUCAUGAUCACCCCUCAGAAAAUGCGCUCCUCCACCUGCUUCAACGCCUUCAUCGCAGGAAUCGCUCAGGUGAUGGACUAUAACAUCGGUCUGGGCAAACAUCUGCUGCCGCUGGUGGUGCAGGUACUGAAGUACUGCACGUGUCCGCAGCUGAGGCCCAACUUCCAGGAGCCGCCACGCUGCUCGCUUUGGGCCCUCAAACCUCACACUAGACAGAUGUGGCUUAAAGCCCUCCUCGUCAUCCUCUACAAGUAUCCAUACAGAGAUAUGGACAUGAGUAAAGAGGUGGUGCUCCAUCUGAUCCACAUCACCAUCAACACGCUGAAUGCUCAGUACCACAGCUGCAGGUCGCACAUGUCUGCAUGCCCGCUGUAUAGCGACAACUCCAACACCAGCCGCUACAGCGAGAAGGGUAAAGAGGAGGACAGUGUAUUUGACGAGUCGGACAUCCACGAUACUCCGACGGGUGCGAGCAGUAAAGAGUUGCAGACCUUCUUCGCCCGUCUUAAGAGGAUUGGUGGCAGCAAGUCGGUCAAGUAUCAGCCUGUGGAGCUCAACGCUCAGAGAAGUGAGAUCGAGCUGGCCGAAUAUAAGGAAGGCGGCGUGCUGCAGGACACGCUGCUGUACUCGGCCAGAGAUGACAGCAACAGCAAGAAGAAGAGGCUGCAAGCCAUGCACAAGCAGAAGUCUCUGGACAUCAGCAACACAGACGCCAUCCUCUUCAACCUGGACGAGCACAGACGCAAGUCUUGCAUCGACCGCUGCGACCUGCAGGGACCGCCGGCCCUACAGCCCUCAUCCUCCUCCUCUAUCGGGCGACAGCAGCACAGAGCUCAGCACCAUGGGAAAUACUCCUCCAACGGCCACUCCAUCACUGACCGAAGAGUCUCCGUUGCUCAGAACGACAGCAUCCGGCCCAUCAUACCCGAGGUGCGUCUCAACUGUAUGGAGACGUUUGAAGAUAAAUCCGUCGGUCUGGACUCACCGCUGGCCGCACUUGACAAGGACGAUCCAGAUCUCAUAGACCUGUCCUCCGACUGCACCUCCAUCCCCGAGAAGCACUCCAUUCUCUCACUCUCUGACAGUGACUCGCUGGUUUUUGAGCCGCUGCCUCCUCUGCGCAUUGUGGAGAGCAACGAGGACCUGUUUGAGGCACUCAAACUCCCUGGUGGAGUGCUGAGCAAACCUGAGGAUCCGUCAGCGGCCUCCAUCAGCACUGCAGGACACUCUCCUCCAGUCGUGCAGGUCAGCAUAGAGGACUGCACCAAGAACAAGAAGCUUGAGCUUCCUGCGGGCUCUUUGCCAGCAUCUCUGGCGCUCCCAGACUCCGCGGCUCCUCAGGAGGCCACCAUGACCCUGAAACAGAAACGGGAUCUCUUCAGAAAGACCUCGCACAUGCCCAAUGCAUCCCUGGAUGAUUCCUGCACGCAGCCCAAGGAUAGCGGCGGAACGAGCCCCUCCAGCAGGUCCGUCGUGCUCCAGAUUCCUGCGGACGAGCUCGAGUCGCUGGAUCCGUUGAAUGGGGAAGGAGAUGAGGACAAUGACAAGACGGGUGAGAGAGACAGCGACCCCAAACCUGACGAUGAGAGCGAUGAAGCUGAAUUCAAGAUCCAGAUCGUGCCACGCCAGCGCAAAGAGAGGAAGAUCGCCGUCAGCGCUAUUCAGAGGGAGUAUCUGGACAUCUCGUUCAACACUAUAGACAAAAUGAAAGAACCGGCCACAGAGUCAGAGGCCAAAUCUCUGUCGAGCCUGGAGAAGCCCAGAGAAUCGGCCUCAGCUCCGGCCCUGGAGGCCGCCGUCCCUGAAACCAGCCAUCGCUCCUCAGUGUCCACUCAGUAUCGUCAGGUGAAGCGAGGCUCGCUGGGUGCAGUGACUAUGAGUCAGUUAAUGAAGCGGCAGCUGGAGCAUCAGUCCAGCACACCACAGAACAUCAACACCUGGGACACGGGUCCAGUGAAGACCAGUCUGCUGUCGGCCCCCAGCACCAUCAGCAUGUUCGUUCCCACGCCAGAAGACUUCAGCGACGAGCAGCCCACUGCGAUGUCCGACAGGUGCCGUGACUGCGGGGCUGUGCUGGAGGAGUAUGAUGAGGAGACUCUGGCUCUGGCUGUGGUGGUUCUGUCCAUGUUCAUCCAUCUGAGUCCUGAUCUGGCCGCUCCGCUGCUGCUGGAGAUCAUGCAGUCUGUGGGCAGGUUGGCCUCUAGCUCCAAUUUCACCGGUCAAGCUGAAAGUAUGUGUAGAAGCUGUAACGGUGAGUUUGUGGCUGUGGGUCUGAACAAUAAGAAGACUCUGCCAGCAGGAGGCACUAUUCUGCACUGUCUGGACAACAUCGCCACCUUCAUGGAGACGCUUCCCAUGGACUCACCCAGCAACCUGUGGACAACCAUCUCGAACCAGUUCCACACGUUUCUAACCAAACUACCUGCUGUUCUGCCACUCAAGUGUCCGCUGGACUCGAGUCUGAGAGUAAUCAUUUGCUUGCUGAAGAUUCCUGUAACAAAUGCAACAAGAAGUCUGCUGGAGCCCUUCUCCAAACUCCUGAGUUUCGUUCUCCAGUACGGUGUGUUCAGUCUCUCGUAUCUCGUAGAGCUCUGCGGUUUAUGCUACAAAACCUUCAGCAAGGAGAGGGACAAGUUCUACAUGUCUCGUGUGGUUGUUCUGGAGUUGCUUCAGGCUCUGAAGUUCAAGUCAUCGAUUCCUGAUACGAACCUGCUGCUGCUGGUGCAGUUUAUGUGCACAGACAUCGGGACCAAGCUGGCCGAGUCCACCAUCCUCCAGAAGCACAUGAUCUCCGCUCUGCCCGGGUGCACCACAGCAGCGAUGGAGUGCUUGCGGCAGUAUCUGAGCGAGCUGCUGGACUUCAUCGCAGACAUGCACACACUGACCAAACUAAAGAGCCACAUGAAGGCGUGCUGUCAGCCGCUGCAUGAGGACACGUUUGGCGGGAAUCUGAAGGUCGGUCUGGCUCAGAUAGCGGUGAUGGAGAUCAGCAAAGGCAACCACAGAGACAACAAAGCGGUUAUUCGCUACCUGCCUUGGCUUUACCAUCCGCCUUCUGCUAUGCAACAAGGACCCAAAGAGUUCAUCGAGUGCGUGUCGCACAUUCGCCAGCUGUCUUGGCUGCUGCUGGGGUCUCUUACCCACAGUGCUUUGCAUCAGGGCUCCUCGUGCUGUAUGCCCAUUCCACUGGACGCUGGAUCUCAUAUCGCAGACCAUCUGAUUGUCAUCCUGAUAGGAUUCCCAGAGCAGUCCAAGACGUCAGUGCUGCACAUGUGUUCGCUGUUCCACGCCUUCAUGUUCGCCCAGCUGUGGACCAUCUACUGCGAGCAGGCCGCGGCCAACCCGACCAAUCAGAACCAGAACGAGUUCUCCUCGUGCGCCAUCCUCACGGGCCUGGAGUUCUGGAGCCGUGUGACUCCCAGCAUCCUCCAGCUCAUGGCCCACAACAAAGUGAUGGUAGAGAUGGUCUGCUUGCAUGUCAUCAGUCUAAUGGAGGCCUUGCAAGAGUGUAACUCAACCAUCUUUGUAAAACUGAUUCCCAUGUGGCUGCCCAUGAUUCAGUCUAACUUAAAUCAUCUGUCCGCGGGUCUCCAGCUGCGUCUUCAAGCCAUUCAGAACCGGGUGAACCACCAGUGUCUCCAGAAUCCUGGAUCCGGAUCGUUUCCUCUCACUCUGCGCAAGUGGCUUCAGUGCACUCAGUUUAAAAUGGCCCAGGUGGAGAUCCAGUCGUCUGAGGCGGCAUCCCAGUUUUACCCCAUGUGAUCUUUAAAGCAGCGAGCUGCGUGUGAUGAUUAAUCAUAUGAGCUUCUGCAGCAGCAAAUGUAGUUGCUCAAGUUUUGGUGGUCUUCCUAGUGUGUGUUAUUAUCGAAUACAUUACAGAAAUCAUGCAUAGAGAAAAAUGUUAGCCUGUUUCAACCAGGGAAAGUUUUUUUUUGCAUUAUCAAUAGUAUGCAUAUUUCAAA